AUGCCGGAAACUGAUCUUCUUUAUUAUGGUUAUUUCUUUUCUCAUCCAGCACCGAAGACUUGUAGCCCCAAACAGUUUGCAUGCAAAGAUCAGAUUACGUGCAUAUCUAAGGGCUGGCGAUGUGACGGGGAAAAGGAUUGUCCCGAUGGCUCGGACGAAUCGCCCGAUAUAUGCCCUCAGAGCAAAGUGUCGCGGUGCCAACCCAACGAGCACAACUGCCUGGGCACCGAGCUGUGCAUCCACAUGAGCAAACUGUGCAACGGGCUCCACGACUGCUUCGACGGCUCGGAUGAGGGGCCUCACUGCAGGGAGCAAUUGGCCAACUGCACGGCAUUGGGCUGCCAGCACCACUGUGUGCCCACGCUGAGCGGCCCUGCCUGCUACUGCAACAACUCCUUCCAGCUGGCUGAGGACAGGAGGAGCUGCAAAGACUUUGAUGAGUGCACUGUGUAUGGCACCUGCAGCCAGACCUGCACCAACACCGAGGGCUCCUACACGUGCAGCUGCGUCGAAGGAUACCUCCUGCAGCCCGACAACAGAUCCUGCAAAGCCAAGAAUGAGCCCGUGGAUCGCCCCCCCGUGCUGCUCAUUGCCAACUCCCAGAACAUCCUGGCCACGUACCUGAGCGGAGCCCCGGUGCCCAACAUCACCCCCACCAGUGCCAAGCAGACCACGGCCAUGGACUUCAACUACAUCGAGGACACGGUGUGCUGGGUGCACGUGGGCGACAGCGCGUCCCAAACCAUCCUCAAGUGUGCCAAGAUCCCCAACCUGAAGGGCUUCGUGGAGGAGCGCUCCAUCAACAUCUCCCUCAGCCUGCACCACGUGGAGCAGAUGGCCAUCGAUUGGCUGACGGGCAACUUCUACUUUGUGGAUGACAUCGACGACCGGAUCUUUGUCUGCAACAAAAAUGGCCUCACCUGCGUCACCCUGCUGGACCUGGAGCUCUACAACCCCAAAGGGAUCGCACUGGACCCGGCCAUGGGCAAAGUGUUCUUCACGGACUACGGGCAGAUCCCCAAAGUGGAGCGCUGCGAUAUGGACGGGCAGAACCGCACCAAGCUGGUGGACAGUAAGAUUGUGUUCCCACACGGCAUCACCCUGGACCUGGUGAGCCGCCUGGUGUACUGGGCUGACGCCUACCUGGACUACAUUGAGGUGGUGGAUUACGAGGGCAAGAACCGGCACACCAUCAUCCAGGGCAUCCUGAUCGAGCACCUCUACGGCCUGACAGUCUUUGAGAACUACCUCUAUGCCACCAACUCGGACAACGCCAACGCUCAGCAGAAGACGAGCGUCAUCCGCGUCAACCGCUUCAACAGCACGGAGUACCAGGUGGUGACACGCGUGGAUAAAGGAGGAGCGCUGCACAUCUACCACCAGCGGCGGCAGCCCACAGUGAGGAGCCAUGCCUGUGAACCCGACCAGUUUGGCAAACCAGGGGGCUGCUCUGAUAUCUGCCUGCUGGGGAACAGCCAUAAGAGCCGCACGUGCCGCUGCCGCUCCGGGUUCAGCCUGGGCAGCGAUGGGAAGUCCUGCAAAAAGCCCGAGCACGAGCUGUUCCUGGUGUACGGCAAAGGGCGUCCCGGCAUCAUCCGUGGGAUGGACAUGGGGGCCAAAGUGCCGGACGAGCACAUGAUCCCCAUUGAGAACCUGAUGAACCCACGCGCUCUGGAUUUCCACGCUGAGACCGGCUUCAUCUAUUUUGCUGACACCACCAGCUACCUGAUCGGGAGGCAGAAGAUCGAUGGCACGGAGAGGGAGACCAUCCUGAAGGACGGAAUCCACAACGUGGAAGGGAUCGCCGUGGAUUGGAUGGGGAACAACCUGUACUGGACCGACGACGGCCCCAAAAAGACCAUCAGCGUGGCACGGCUGGAGAAGGCGGCUCAGACACGCAAGACGCUGAUCGAGGGGAAGAUGACGCAUCCACGAGCCAUCGUGGUGGAUCCUCUGAAUGGGUGGAUGUAUUGGACAGACUGGGAGGAGGACCCAAAGGACAGCAAGAGGGGCAAAAUCGAGCGGGCCUGGAUGGACGGCUCCAACCGCAACGUCUUCAUCACCUCCAAAACCGUCCUGUGGCCCAACGGGCUCAGCCUGGACAUCCCAGCCAAGAUCCUCUACUGGGUGGAUGCUUUUUAUGAUCGCAUUGAGAUGGUUUACCUCAAUGGCACCGAGCGCAAGAUCAUCUACGAGGGCCCGGAGCUGAACCACGCCUUCGGGCUGUGCCACUACAGCAGCUUCCUCUUCUGGACCGAGUACCGCAGCGGCAGCAUCUACCGCCUGGACCAGAGCUCCAAGGCUGUCAGCCUGCUGCGCAACGAGCGCCCGCCCAUCUUCGAGAUCCGGAUGUACGACGCUCAGCAGCAGCAAGUGGGCUCCAACAAAUGCCGAGUCAACAAUGGUGGCUGCAGCAGCCUUUGCUUGGCCACGCCGCGAGGCCGGCAGUGCGCCUGCGCUGAGGAUCAGAUCCUGGGAGCAGAUUCUGUCACCUGUGAGGCCAACCCCUCCUACAUCCCCCCUCCUCAGUGCCAGCCCGGAGAGUUCGCCUGCAAGAACAACCGCUGCAUCCAGGAGCGCUGGAAAUGCGACGGGGACAACGACUGCCUGGACAACAGCGAUGAGGCGCCCGAGCUGUGCCACCAGCACACCUGUCCCUCGGACCGCUUCAAGUGCAAGAACAACCGCUGCAUCCCCAACCGCUGGCUGUGCGAUGGUGAUAACGACUGCGGGAACAACGAGGACGAGUCCAACUCCACCUGCUCGGCCCGGACCUGCUCCCCCAACCAGUUCUCCUGCGCCAGCGGGCGCUGCAUCCCCAUCUCUUGGACGUGUGACCUGGAUGAUGACUGCGGGGACCGCUCGGACGAAUCGGCAUCGUGCGCCUACCCCACCUGCUUCCCCCUGACACAGUUCACGUGCAACAACGGCCGCUGCAUAAACAUCAACUGGCGCUGCGACAACGAAAAAGAUUGUGGGGAUGGCUCUGACGAAAAGAACUGUCCAAAACCUACCGACAAUGACUGCGGGGAUAACAGCGACGAGGCAGGCUGCAGCCACUCCUGCUCCAGCAAUCAGUUCAAAUGCAACAGCGGGCGCUGCAUCCCCGUGCAUUGGACCUGUGAUGGGGACAACGACUGCGGGGAUUACAGCGAUGAGACUCAUGCCAACUGCACCAAUCAGGCCACGCGCCCACCUGGGGGCUGCCACACCGACGAGUUCCAGUGCCGCCUGGAUGGGCUCUGCAUCCCCAUGCGCUGGCGCUGCGACGGUGACACCGACUGCAUGGACUCCAGCGACGAGAAAAACUGCGAGGGGGUGACCCACGUCUGCGACCCCAACGUCAAAUUUGGCUGCAAGGACUCGGCGCGUUGCAUCAGUAAAGCGUGGGUCUGUGAUGGGGACAGCGACUGCGAGGACAACUCGGACGAGGAGAACUGCGAGUCACUGGUGUGCAAACCGCCCUCGCACACCUGUGCCAACAACACCUCCAUCUGCCUCCCCCCAGAGAAGCUCUGCGAUGGGUCCGACGAUUGCGGGGACGGCUCCGACGAGGGCGAGCUGUGCGAUCAGUGCUCUCUGAACAAUGGUGGCUGCAGCCACAACUGCACCGUGGCCCCUGGGGAGGGCAUCGUGUGCUCCUGCCCCCUGGGCAUGGAGCUGGGAGCGGACAACAAGACCUGCCAGAUCCAGAGCUACUGCGCCAAGCAUCUCAAGUGCAGCCAGAAGUGCGAGCAGGACAAGUACAACGUCAAAUGCUCGUGCUACGAGGGCUGGAUGCUGGAGCCCGAUGGCGAGAGCUGUCGCAGCCUUGACCCUUUCAAACCGUUCAUCAUCUUCUCCAACCGCCACGAGAUCCGUCGUAUCGAUCUGCACCGCGGCGAUUACAGCGUCCUAGUGCCUGGACUGCGCAACACCAUCGCCUUGGACUUCCACCUCAACCAGAGCUCUCUGUACUGGACUGAUGUGGUGGAGGACAAGAUCUACAGGGGCAAACUGCUGGAGAAUGGGGCUCUGACCAGCUUUGAGGUGGUGAUCCAGUACGGGUUGGCCACCCCAGAGGGCCUGGCGGUGGAUUGGAUCGCCGGCAACAUCUACUGGGUGGAGAGCAACCUGGAUCAGAUCGAGGUGGCCAAGCUGGACGGCACCAUGCGCACAACGCUGCUGGCGGGGGACAUCGAGCACCCGCGGGCCAUCGCCCUGGACCCCCGCUAUGGGAUCCUUUUCUGGACGGAUUGGGAUGCCAGCCUGCCCCGUAUCGAGGCCGCCUCCAUGAGCGGUGCAGGCCGACGCACCAUCCACAAGGAGACGGGCUCUGGGGGGUGGCCCAAUGGGCUCACCGUGGACUACCUGGAGAAGCGCAUCCUCUGGAUUGACGCCAGGUCGGAUGCCAUCUACUCAGCCCUGUACGAUGGCACGGGGCACAUUGAGGUGCUGCGGGGCCACGAGUACCUCUCGCACCCCUUUGCUGUCACCCUCUAUGGGGGGGAGGUGUACUGGACCGACUGGCGCACCAACACCUUGGCCAAGGCCAAUAAAUGGACGGGGCACAAUGUGACAGUGGUGCAGAGGACCAACACGCAGCCCUUCGACCUGCAGGUGUACCACCCCUCCCGGCAGCCCCUGGCGCCCAACCCCUGCGAAGCCAAUGGAGGCAAGGGGCCGUGCUCCCACCUCUGCCUCAUCAACUAUAACCGCACGCUGUCCUGCGCCUGCCCCCACCUCAUGAAGCUGGACAAGGACAACACCACGUGUUACGAGUUCAAGAAGUUCCUGCUGUACGCACGGCAGAUGGAGAUCCGCGGCGUGGACAUCGACAACCCCUACUACAACUACAUCAUCUCCUUCACCGUCCCUGACAUCGACAACGUCACCGUGGUGGAUUACGACGCUGUGGAGCAGCGCAUCUAUUGGUCCGAUGUGCGCACGCAGACCAUCAAAAGAGCCUUCAUCAAUGGCACUGGCGUGGAGACCGUCGUGUCUGCGGACCUGCCGAACGCUCACGGCCUCUCUGUGGAUUGGGUUUCCAGAAACCUCUUCUGGACCAGCUACGACACCAACAAGAAGCAGAUCAACGUGGCGCGGCUGGAUGGCUCCUUCAAGAACGCCGUGAUCCAGGGGUUGGAUAAACCCCACUGCCUGGUGGUGCACCCCCUCCAUGGGAAGCUCUACUGGACGGAUGGGGACAACAUCAGCGUGGCCAACAUGGAUGGCAGCAACCGCACGCUUCUCUUCACCAACCAGAAGGGCCCUGUUGGUCUGGCCAUCGACUACCCUGAGAGCAAACUGUACUGGAUCAGCUCCGGCAAUGGCACCAUCAACAGAUGCAACCUGGAUGGCAGCGACUUGGAGGUGAUUGUGGCAGUGAAGAGUCAGCUGAGCAAGGCGACCGCGCUGGCCAUCAUGGGGGACAAGCUGUGGUGGGCUGACCAGGCCUCGGAGAGGAUGGGGACCUGCAACAAGAAGGACGGGACGGAGGUGACGGUGCUGCGUAACAGCACCACGUUGGUGAUGCACAUGAAGGUGUACGAUGAGAGCAUCCAGCAGGCCGGGAUAAACCCCUGCAGCGUGAACAACGGCGACUGCUCGCAGCUGUGCCUGCCCACCUCGGAGACCUCGCGUUCCUGCAUGUGCACUGCUGGCUACAGCCUGAAGAGCGGGCAGCAGUCCUGUGAAGGCGUCGGCUCCUUCCUCCUCUACUCUGUCCACGAGGGGAUCCGUGGCAUUCCUCUGGACCCCAAUGACAAAUCAGACGCCCUCGUUCCGGUGUCGGGGACCUCGCUGGCCGUGGGGAUCGACUUCCACGCAGAGAACGACACCAUCUAUUGGGUGGACAUGGGGCUGAGCACCAUCAGCCGUGCCAAGAGGGAUCAGACGUGGCGUGAGGAUGUGGUCACCAACGGCAUCGGGCGCGUGGAGGGCAUCGCCGUGGAUUGGAUCGCGGGAAACAUCUACUGGACAGAUCAGGGCUUUGAUGUCAUCGAGGUGGCCAGGCUGAACGGAUCCUUCCGCUACGUGGUCAUCUCCCAGGGGUUGGACAAACCGCGGGCCAUCACCGUGCACCCAGAGAAGGGGUAUCUGUUCUGGACGGAGUGGGGGCAGUACCCCCGCAUCGAGCGCUCGCGCCUGGAUGGGACCGAGCGGAUGGUGCUGGUGAAUGUCAGCAUCAGCUGGCCCAAUGGGAUAUCUGUCGACUACGAGGAUGGGAAGCUGUACUGGUGUGACGCACGGACAGACAAGAUUGAGCGGAUAGACCUGGAGACAGGCGAGAACCGUGAGGUGGUGCUGGCCAGCAACAACAUGGACAUGUUCUCCGUGUCAGUCUUUGAGGACUACAUCUACUGGAGUGACAGGACCCAUGCAAAUGGCUCCAUUAAGAGAGGCAGCAAAGACAACGCAACUGAGUCGGUGUCCCUGCGGACGGGCAUCGGCGUGCAGCUCAAGGACAUCAAAGUCUUCAACCGCGCGCGGCAGAAGGGCACCAACGUCUGCGCUCAGAACAACGGUGGCUGCCAGCAGCUGUGCCUGUUCCGUGGCGGGGGGCAGCGGACGUGCGCCUGUGCCCACGGGAUGCUGGCCGAGGACGGCGUCAGCUGCCGCGACUACGAUGGCUACCUGCUGUACUCGGAGCGCACCAUCCUCAAGAGCAUCCACCUGUCGGAUGAGAACAACCUCAACGCUCCCAUCAAACCCUUCGAGGAUGCUGAGCACAUGAAGAACGUCAUCGCUUUGGCCUUCGAUUACCGCUACGGCUCCAAAGGCAGCAACCGCAUCUUCUACAGCGACAUCCACUUCGGUAACAUCCAGCAGAUCAACGAUGACGGCACGGGACGCAAAACCAUUGUUGAGAACGUGGGCUCGGUGGAGGGCUUGGCGUACCACCGUGGCUGGGACACUCUGUACUGGACGAGCUACACCACCUCCACCAUCACCAGGCACACUGUGGACCAGAGCCGCCUGGGGGCCUUCGAGAGGG